AUGCAGCAGACUCUCGCUGCCCUUGCUGCCAUUGCAGCCGUCGCUGUUGCUUCUCCCGUCGAGCCCAGAGCCAGCGUCGGCAACGUCAAGUUCUCGGUUCCUCAGGUCGCCACUGGUAACACUAAGGUCGCUGCCCCUGCCAUUGCCCUCGCAAAGGCCAUCUCCAAGACCGGUGGUACUNCCUCCUCUGUUGUCCAGAAGGCCGCCGCUGCUGCUUCGCAAAGUGGCACCGUCACUGCUAACUCGUACAACGGUGAUUCUGAGUACCUUUGCCCUGUUUCCGUCGGUGGUACUACCUUGAACCUUGACUUCGACACCGGUUCAGCCGAUCUCUGGGUCUUCUCCACUCUUCAAGCCUCAUCGCAGAGAACUGGCCACGAUGUCUACAACACUGCUGGCAAGACCAAGCUCAGCGGCCAGACUUGGGACAUUAGCUACGGCGAUGGUUCCGGUGCUUCCGGUGUAGUUUACGCCGAUAAGGUCGUCGUUGGUGCCGUCACUGCCACUUCCCAGGCUGUUGAGGCUGCAACCUCCAUCUCCGCUCAGUUCCAGCAGGACACCAACAACGAUGGUCUUCUCGGACUUGCCUUUUCGUCCAUCAACACCGUCAGCCCUAACCAGCAGACCACCUUCUUCGAUACUGUCAAGAGCACUCUUGCCCGCAAGCUCUUCACCGUCGACCUGAAGAAGGGCGGCCCCGGAUCCUACGACUUUGGCUACAUCGACACUUCCAAGUACACCGGAGCCAUCACCUACGUCCCCGUCAACACCAGAAACGGCUUCUGGCAGUUCACCACCACCGGCUACUCUGUUGGCAGCGGCUCCACCGUGUCCAGCUCCUACUCUGCCAUUGCCGACACCGGCACCACCCUCAUGCUCCUCCCCGACAACGUCGUCAACGCCUACUACGCCAAGAUCCCCAGCGCUCAGUACUCCGACAGCCAGGGUGGUUACAUUUUCUCUUGCUCUGCCACUCUGCCCAGCUUCACCGCCGUUAUCGGUGGCAAGAACUUUGUCACUCCCGGCAGCUACAUCAACUAUGCCAGCGUUGGUGGCGGCCAGUGCUACGGUGGUAUCCAGUCCAGUGCUGGUGCCGGUAUCUCCAUCUUCGGUGACAUUUUCCUCAAGGCCCACUUUGUUGUUUUCUCUAGCGAGAGUUCGACCNCUCAGCUUGGUUUCGCUGCUCAGUAG